GUUUGGAACACAGCUGAACUCGACGGCGGAAGUGGACUGGCUUUGGGACUGUGGCCGCUCCCGCCGGCUUCCGCUGUCCAGAUUGUAGGCGGAAGUAGUAGGGCUUGUGACUAUGGCUGUCCGGACUGCUUGCUGUGUGAGGAUGAUGGGAGAAGCCUACCGGGGGUGGAGGGGCUUGGGACUCGCCGUGGCUCUGCUGGCUGUUGUGUGCGGGGGAAAUUCAGUGGAGAGGAAGAUCUACAUUCCGUUGAACAGCACCGCCCCCUGCGUCCGACUGCUAAAUGCCACCCACCAGGUCGGCUGCCAGUCUUCUAAGAAUGGAGACACCGGGGUGAUUCAUGUGGUGGAGCAAGAGGAGGACCUGCAGUGGGUGCUGGAGAGCGGCCCCCACCCGCCCUACAUGGUGGUACUAGAGGCCAGUCUCCUUAGGAGGGACACCAUGCAGAAGUUAAAGGGGAGCACGCGUGUGUCCGGCAUUGCAGUUACCUUCUCCCAAACAGGCCCAGCUGCUGGAUUCUCCCCCGAUCCUCAGUGCCCAAAUGAUGGUUUUGGACUGUACACCAGUGACCAUGGCCCCCAGUUUGCCCACUGCAACCAUACCACAUGGAACCCGCUCGGGAGUGGAAUUUCCUAUGAAGAUUUCCAGUUCCCCAUCUUCCUGCUCCGUGAAGAGAAUGAAACAGAGGUCAUAAAGCAGUGCUACAGAGAGCACAACAUGCCACAGAAUGGGAGCGCCCCGCAGUACCCCCUCUGUGCCAUGCAGCUUUCCUCUUUUAUGUACGGAGUCACCAACACCGUCACCUGUAUGCGCCGUAACUCCCUGCAGUCAUCAUUUAGCCUUUCAGCAGGAGUGUGUGAUACAAUCAUUGUGCAUAACGUGUGGAGCUCCCUGAAGCCCAUUAACACCACAGGCACAGUCCCACCGGAGGAGCAGAUAGUAGUGGCUGCCGCAAGGGCUGACAGCCACUCCUUCUUUUGGAACCUGGCUCCGGGGGCAGAUAGCACUGUGUCUGGCUUUGUUACCCUACUGGCUGCGGCAGAAGCUCUGCACAAACGCAACGACACUCAGGAUUUGCCACGGAAUAUAAUGUUUGUCUUGUUCCAAGGGGAAGUCUACGACUAUAUUGGCAGUUCCAGGAUGGUGUAUGAUAUGGAGAAAGGCCGCUUCCCUGUGUCGCUGGGGAACAUCCAUUCAUUUGUCGAACUGAAUCAGGUGGCGCUGAGAAAUGACUCCUUCCUGUGGGUUCACACUGACCCCAUCUCAAGGACUAAUGAGACUGUGAAUGCUACGGUGCAGGAGGUGGUCGACUCCCUGGUGGCUGCUAGUCAGGGUUCCAAUGUGACCAUACAAGAAGUUGACCGCUCCCAGCCUCUCCCACCCGCCUCCUUGCAGCGCUUCCUCAGGGUGCGGAACAUCCCCGGUGUCGUACUUACCGACCACAGAACUGCUUACAGCAACAGAUACUAUCACAGCGUCUACGACACGGCCGACAACAUCCACAUGAGGUAUCCAGAAGGGCUGACCAAGGACGAAGAACUGAAAUAUGUCACGGAUACGGCACGGUCUCUUGCAGGUGUUGCCACCGUGCUUGCCAACUCUCUGUACAGGCUCGCUGGGGGGAAGAGUACAGAGGAAAUUAAGGCUGACCCCAAUACGGUCACACAGAUGCUGUACGGUUUUUUAAAAAUGUCCAACAACAGCUGGUUCCAGUCCAUCAUUAGGGACGAGUGGAGAAAUGUUCUGGAGGCCACCCAGCCGCAGUAUUAUAUGACGGGCACUAUAAAGAGUACCUCAAGGGAGCCCAAUAGUCCCGCCCGCCUUCUGCUUGCCGUGUUUGCCAACCUCACCGGAGCGGUGGUCAAUCUGACCAAAGAGGAAUGUCAGAACCCAGACAAGAUUGACGAUCCCAAUAAAGAACUGUACAGUUACACUUGGGUGCAGGGCCCUCUGGACGGUAACUCCACAUCAAGGCUGCCAUUUUGUGUGAGGAGCGCCACUCACAGUCACGUGGCAGAGUCUCCGGCCUUCGAGUUGGACCAAUGGGACUCCACCGAAUACUCCACUUGGACAGAGAGUCGCUGGAAGGAGAUCAAGGCCCGCAUUUUCCUAGUACCCAGUCAUGAGCUGGAGGUAAUCACACUGGUGGUUGGCAUCGCCGUCCUUCUCGUUUCUCUGCUCACCACGUACUUUAUCAACGCCAAGGCCGACAUCUUGUUCACAAACACUCAGGACAGCGACGUGGCCUAUUAGAGCUCGCCCUGCAGAGGGCGCCGGUAUGCGCUGGCCGGACAGACUGGCCAAUGGCGGCUUUGUAUUAAAGGGGAACACUGGAUGGACUACAUGUAACUGGAGCUGCUGAGGUGUAACGCUGCCUGUGGCCACCGGGGGGCUCAGGAAUGAGUCGGGGACACUAGCUACGGCUAUGGCUAGCCUCAGGGCUAACUUCAAGUUUCUUUUGGCCGGAGUGGAUUUCUGGCCGCACUGAAUAAACCCAGUUCCACUUCCCUUACCUGGAGAGGGGGGGGCUUCAACCAAAUUAUUGCUACAGUUCCCGAAUGAAGCCCCCGCUGAGACGUAAAGGGCAAGUAACCGCCGGCCGGCCAGAUAAAAUACUGUACAUUGUGUAAUUCUGACUGUAAUUGGGAGGGGGGGGCAAACAGGAGCCCAAGAGGAAGUCAUUGGCGGAAAUAUUCUAUGGCCGCCACGUGGGGGGAGGGGGGGGUAAAUGGCGAAGAUUUUGCUGCCGUCUGUCCAUGUUUUGUACAGUUCAACUGAUCGGACUCACUUUGUACUUCUCUCCAGCCGCUGAUUUAUCUUACUAAUUGUUUAUUUUAACAUAUAUUGUCCCAGUAGCGCCCCCCCACGGAGCUGGGAGAGGGCCCAAACUGCCCCCCAAGGGGUAAGGAAAUAGCUCUUAUAGCUUCCUCCCUUCCUAUCUGUCCGUUGUACAGUCCCUUUCUAUCAUUCACAUGGGCCAUCCCUCGUGCACUUUAGCUACCACUUGGGGGGUGUGGAACAAGCUGGAGACCCCCAAUAUAGGAAAGGCUCUAGCAAUGAGGUUGUUCCCCUGAUUAAGUUGGUCACAAGGGGAACUUCACAUUAAAAAAGUUUCAACUCCCUAAAAAUAAAGCUGUAGCGACCACUAUCACCUGUGUGACCUGCCCCAUAGAGAAUAAUUGAAACCAUUCCGAAGCACCAUUGUGACUGAGAGCUAUUUUCUACUGAGGAUUUCUGGGAGUUGUAGUUUAAGGGUCGGAUACCCUGAUGAUUGCACUUUUCCCAGCUCCGUGCAGAAGGGGGCGCCACUCCCACCCAGUGGGGUAUGUUGCAAUAACAUGAGAUUUGGCUGCUGCAAUUGUGCCGGAAUCACUUGGAUAAAACUGUAAACUUUCAAUUUAAUUCAUUUUUUUUUUUAACAGUGUUUGAUUUGUAAAUAUAGAAAUAUCCGAAUCUGA